AUGUCCCAGCCAAAACGCGUUGUUCUCAAGUGUCGGGAACAGUAUGCCCAAGACGGCCAAGCUGUUAUUAAAGAAUUCUUGAAUUCGCAAAAUUUUGGAUCCUAUGAAGAACUCAUCUCUUUAAAUAAUCUCUUUGUACAUUUUGUCUUUGAUCCACGCUCCCCUUCUGGCAUAUUUCUUGUCCUUGAUGUUCAUUGCAAUGAAUUCCCAGACGUCGAUCCUAGCACUCUAGAUCUUCAAGUAUUCAAAGUUUCCAAACCGAACUCUUUUAUGUUUCGAGACCUUGGAGAAGCUGCUUGUAAGCAGGCGCAACCACGAUCUGUGGAGAUAGGAUGGGGAAGAAACAAGCCUAUCAGUCGGAAGAAUUAG